ACCAGAUGGCAGUGAAUGGAUCAAUAAUCCUGAUGUACAACCCCUGCGCAGCUGGUGACUAGGCAUAGAUAGAGCUACACUGUCAUUCUCAACAGCAUACCUGUUUCCAUGAGGACUCGUAACCUACCUUGAUCCAAACUUAAAAAUUGAUAUAUCUAGACACCAAGAGAGGUAGAGAAAACGAAACAUGUCUACGAAUGGUGGUGACGUCGUCGGUGGAUUUCCAUCAGUCAUCGAGUUGAACGUAGGAGGAGUGUUCUACAGCACCUCGCUGGAAACCCUGACAAAGGAUCCGAAUUCUCUACUAGGCCAGAUAUUCGGGAGUAAAGAGGGACGUUCCAACAUAAUCAGAGACUCGAAGGGCAAGUAUUUUAUCGAUCGCGAUGGUGUACUCUUCCGUUACAUCCUGGAUUACCUGAGAAAUUUGAAGGUGGUGCUACCCGAAAAUUUCCACGAGCGCGAGAGAUUAAAAGCGGAAGCCGAGUACUUCAAUUUACCGGAUAUGGUGGCCAGCAUCUCUAACAUAACGUCAGCUUAUCCGACCCGCUACCCGAUUAACCAGCAGUUCAGUAAUUUGGCGGUGACACCGACAUCGCCCGGCAAUUACAACGCCGGAUACAUAACAGUGGGUUACAGAGGGACAUUCGCAUUCGGUCGUGACGGCCUGGCAGACGUAAAAUUUCGUAAACUGACACGUAUCCUGGUAUCCGGUAAGGUCACGCUGUGCCGUGAAGUUUUUGGUGACACACUUAACGAAUCACGCGAUCCGGACCGAUGUAACGAUGACCGAUACACGGCCAGGUUUUUCUUAAAACAUAACUUCUUGGAGCAGGCAUUCGAUAACCUUCAAGAAGCUGGGUUUCGGUGCAUGGCUGCAUGUGGUUCGGGCACUUCCGGUAACGGUAACGAACCGUUAAAACCGGGUAUGGAUUCCGAAGAGAACCGCUGGAAUCACUAUAACGAGUUUGUGUUCGUCAGAAGUUAAAGGAAAACGUUCACCUGCAAAUUUUCCUUCUACUUUUCUCCUUUGUGUCUAAUCACUUCAUAGAGAACUUUCUACCGUUCAGCACUUACCAUAAAAGAGAAUUAAUUAUUAUUCAUUUGCACACGUAAUUUAGUUCUACCGUAUCUAGGAAAACGAGGAAGUUCUUUCUUAGAAGAUUAUACUUUAAAA